AUGGCCCCCACCAGUGAGAUCUUCUCCCACCACCACCACCACCUCCUCCUCCACUACUCCUGCUCGGCACUCAAUCCGACCAACGCGCUUGUCAAACCCGUGUCGGGGGUGCGGGCGGCAGUCAAGAAAAUGAGCUCGGUGGAGCGUGAUAACCCUCCGCCCCGGCGCAAAUCCUGCGACGCAUGCAGGGCAGCCAAACGCCGCUGCGACCUCGCUCUCCCGGCCUGUUUUCGUUGCCUACGAAGGAACAUUGUGUGUGUUUACCCAGGCUUACCGGCCCCAGACCAGAUCCCGGAGCUGCUAGCGGUUUUGAAUGGACAAGGGACGGCGGAACCAGAUGAAUCUAUCUUCGUGGACCAGUUCGCCUUUGACGCUGUGCCCGAGCCCGGUCUCCCGUCAGUGGUUGACCUAGACCGUGGUCUAGGACCGUCCUCGCGACCGUCGCCGUCACCGCCGCCGGCAGACCAGGCUCGAACCUACACCGUUCCUGUCCCAGUGUAUACCAGUGCCGGUCAGAUGGUGCACGUCCGAUCAGAGAUGACUUUCACGCUAUCGGAGCUGAUGUCUUCGCGGUUCCAGUAUGCCAUUGACAUCCUCAAGGAUACGCCGCGGAUGAUGGUUACCGAGAACCAGACGGCCUGGUCGCACGCGCAGUUGUACGGCAACGGCAUGCCAAGGGUCAUGCAAGGCGCCUACGCCUGCUGUGCCCUCUACAUCACCAAGAACCUUAUCAACGGCCCCAUGAUCACGGCGCACAUUCACUCGCGGCAUCAGGAACUCGCUCUCUCGCCGCUGCCUGCCACGCCACCAGACCUCCUCGCACAUACGCAGGCCCUGCUUCUGUAUCAGAUAAUGCACCUCUUCGACGCCGACCUCCACGCUGCUAAUACAGCCUCGUCUCUCGACACCCUCAGCAUAUCAGCCCUACAAGCAGCAGCGUCUUUACUCUUCAACAGCACGCAUUUCCCCCCCUCCCUUGACCAAGGCUUGGACACAGACGGCCCAGAUUCCAACCCUAGCCCGUCCAUACUCCCGCCGACGGUGACUUCGCCCGCACCCUUCUGGACCCUCUGGAUCUUUGAGGAGUCCGCUCGGCGCACCAUUCUCUUCACAUUCUACUUUAUUCAGAUCCUGCGAUUGGUCCGCGGGGACAAGGAUAUGAGAUGUGACGGAAAACUCGGUCUGCUGCAUUCAUGGUACGCAUCUGCUUACUUGUGGAAUGCGGCCUCCGCGGCAGAAUUCGCAGAGGCCUGGACGGGAAAGAAACACUUUAUUUGGCGAGGAGCGCCCUUAUGUCUGCUUAUCCCUUCUUUCCGCUGCAGAGUACCUAGUACUCCCAUCAUGGUUGUUGCCUACAGUUGUGGCCUCAGGCAGCUCGGGCAUAUCGGCCCCGUUCUUCUCUACGGCCGAGCCGGGCCAUUCAUCCCUCUCAACACCCGAGUUGACAACUUCGUCGCGCCAUCGACGAUGACAGACUCACCGCAAACGACUCGCAAGCGCCUGCGUCCAUCUUACAACUGCACUGAAUGCCGUCGCCGUAAGGUAAAAUGCGACCGGUCCAGGCCGUCCUGUGGUCAAUGCAGAGCCCUGGAUUUGACGUCAGCGUGCCUCUACGAAGAUAACCCUCGACGCUUGACAGUGGAUCGUGACACGCCUAAAAACAAUCAUAGUAGCGAGGAGCAACGCCGGUCAUGCGUAACUGGUGAAGAUAUGCCGGCUAGCUCAGGUGGUAUCCACGGCGCCAUGUCCAAGACCCGCGUGUUUGGACAUGGACAUUGGAUGAAUACUUUCUCGCUGGCAUUUUCAUCACUCGUCAAUGGUGCUUCAAGUGACGAGGCGGCCGAGACCGUUUUCGAGUGCAAGAGACUGGCUCAAAUGAUCAAGCAGCAGCGUCCCAGCCGGAGAUGCCUCCCUCCUGAUCUGUACACCUCUCUUCCAGAUCGAGGAGUCAUGGACGCAUUGGUAGAGUUGUACUUUACCACGUUUGAAUCCUGCUAUGGUAUCUUGGACUACUAUUCUUUCAUGGAAGAGUAUAGGACAAGCUUGGCGAGCGGCGAAUCCGCAGACCGCUCGUUUCUCUUACUAAUUCUUCUGAUCAUGACCGUUGCAGGGCCAUUACAUAGCAAGGCCAGUGUGCGCAGCGAGGUGGCAGCUUACGCUCGAAUAUGGAUUGACAUCGCCCAGACGUGGCUUUCUGCACCGCUGGAGAAAGAUCGUCUCUCGCUGAAAGCUGUCCAGGUCCAUUGCCUCUUGGCACUCUCCCGUCAGGUCAAUCAGGUGGGCUCCGAUCUCGUCUGGAUCUCAGCCGGCUCUUUGUUGAGGAUGGCCAUGCAGAUGGGACUGCAUCAGGACCCCGAUCAACUCGGCCAUAUGGACUCACGGCAGAAACAUAUGAGAAGACGGCUGUGGUAUACGAUCAUGGAGCUAAAUGUACAGGCGGCAAUAGACUCAGGCAUGCCGCCCAUGAUAACCGACGCAGACUACACAACCAGGCCGCCACCUGACGAGAUGGCUGAUUCGGAUGCUGCGACUGCUGAUGGUCAGCCCAGCCUUCAGGGUGUUCUGGCAAGCUCCCUUUCUGUCCGUUUGCGGGUAACGAAGGUGAUCAACAGCAUGCAAGAAGAGCCUUCAUAUGAUCAGGUCCUAGAGCUUGGGGGCCAGCUGGCAUCAGCUUGCUUUGAAGCGGCUCGUGUCAUAAACCAGACUGCCUGUGGUUCCAGCACCUUCACGUCUAGUUUCUGUAGUCACCUUCUCCGUCGUUUUACGCUGUGCCUUCAUUAUCGUUAUGCGAUCCGAGCCAGAUCGAACCCGCUGUACAGCCAUUCGCGGCAUGCCUGCUUGGAAGCAGCCCUGGACUUGGUUACUCUUCUGGAAGACAGUGUUUACAGCCAGCUUCUCGUCACUGGGGGAGGCAUGUUCGCGACCUUAUUACCCGGGGCGCGUUGGUCAUUUUCCUGGAAUUGGCUCCAGAUGCCGAAGAAGAUGCCUCCAUCUUCGCAAAGAGACGUAAUCGAGCUCGCCAAGAACCACUCUUGCGAGAUGCGCGUCGCCUUGUGCAGUACGCAAAGGAUAGGGUGGUACACGGGGACAUGA